AUGCCCAGCCCUAACGAGAGAGCCAUCAUCAGAGAAGUCUGGGCAGAGAACCUCGACCGCGAGAUGGCCCUCCUUCGCGAUCUCAUCGAUCAGUACCCAUACCUCGCCAUGGAUACAGAGUUCCCAGGAGUGGUUGCCCGACCCAUCGGCAACUUUCGCACCUCGGCCGACUAUCACUAUCAGACUCUGCGCUGCAAUGUCGAUCUGCUCAAGAUGAUCCAGCUGGGCGUUACCUUUGCAGACGAAAACGGAAAUGUCCCCAAGGAUGCCUGCACAUGGCAGUUCAACUUCAAGUUCAACCUUUCGGAUGACAUGUAUGCACAGGACUCUAUCGACUUGCUGACAAAGUCCGGUAUCAACUUUCAAAAGCACGAGGAUUACGGCAUUGACGUGCACCAUUUCGGAGAGCUCUUGAUCAGUUCUGGAUUCGUAUUGCUGGACGAUGUCAAGUGGAUCUCCUUCCACAGUGCAAUGCCAGCAGAAGAGAGCGAUUUUUUUGAGUUGUUGAGAACUUACUUUCCUUGCAUAUACGACAUCAAGUACUUGAUGAAAAGCUGUAAAAACCUCAAGGGUGGUCUGCAGGAGCUGGCCAAUGACCUUCAGGUUGUGAGAAUUGGAGCUCAACAUCAGGCAGGAAGUGACAGUCUGUUGACCUGCUCGACGUUUUUCAAGAUGAGGCAGAUUUUUUUUGACGAUACGAUCGACGACACGAAAUAUCUUGGCUACCUCUACGGAUUGGGCUCAGCAGUGGGAUCCUCAGCGGCACAACCCAACUCGAUUGCUUCAUUCAACUCUGCGGCAGGAAACGAUAGUCCCUUGAUCACCAACCAGUCGACAGCACCCAACGGCAAGAUUGGCAGCUUUCACAAGCAAAUAAACAACUAG